AAGCAUUUUCAAAAGAGUUUUUUUUUUUGGGUUUAAAGAAAUGUCAUUCUCAGGAACAUUAGACAAAUGCAAGGCUUGUGAUAAGACUGUUUAUGUGGUGGAUUUGUUGACUCUUGAAGGAGUUCCAUACCAUAAGACUUGCUUCAAAUGCACCCAUUGCAAGGGUAACCUUGUGAUGAGUAAUUAUUCCUCCAUGGAUGGAGUCCUUUAUUGCAAAACUCAUUUUGAGCAACUUUUCAAGGAAUCUGGGAAUUACAACAAGAAUUUCCAAUCAGCAAAAGAGAAGCAAAAUGACUCGAAUAAGACUCCCAACAAGUUUUCAUCCAUGUUCUCUGGUACCCAAGAUAAAUGUGCUGCUUGCCAGAAGACAGUAUACCCAUUAGAGAAGGUGUCCAUGGAAGGCGAAUGUUUCCACAAUUCGUGCUUCAAAUGUGCUCAUGGAGGUUGUCACUUAACACACUCUUCAUACGCUGCCUUAAACGGAGUCCUUUACUGUAAACACCAUUUUGCUCAGCUCUUCAUGGUCAAAGGCAGCUACAACCACGUUCUCGAGGCCGCCAAUAAAAAAACCAACUCGAAGGCAUCGUCCCAACCCUCCGAAAACGGAGCAGAAGAUGCUCCGGUGGCUUAAGAAAAUGAAGUAAACGAGUCAUAA